GCGUGGUGUCUUCGAGCGUGCGCGCGUGCGAGCGAGCGCGUGCGCGUGCGUGCCGCGUGCGUUGCUGUGUGUUGUGCGCGCGCGCGCGCACGCGGCUACUUGGAACUGCACGUGGCCACGUGUGCGCGUGUGAUCCACGUGGGGACAACCGGACGCGAGGAGGAGCUAUGCACGUGCUGACCCUCGCGCCGGCUCGGGCAGCAGCAAGGGGCAGCAGUUGUGGUGUCCACCCCCGGGGAUAGUAGCCCACUGGGCAGAUUUCUCCCCGAGGGCAGCGAGACAGCCACAGGAGCCGGAGCGAGACCCCCCCCCCCGGGAGAAGAGACGCGUGGAGGAAGGCAGUUAAGAGGGACACCCGCGAGAGUGACUGCCAAAAGACAACCGGGUGUGUCAAGGGACGCCCAGGAGAGUUGCUAUCAAGAGUUGAGCAUCAAGAGAGAGAACCGGGACUGUCAGGAUUCACCAUAGAGACAGCCCGGGAUACAGAUUGUCAAGACAACGAGAGGAGCGGCUGCAACUUCCGUGAGAAGGAGACACUUUGGGAGAAAGGCUUCGACUCAAGGGAGAGGUCAUUCUCAAGAUACACCUUCCAAGGGAGAGGUCAUUCUCAAGAUACACCUUCCAAGGGAGAGAGACACCCGGCGAGAAAGGGUAUAGUGCUCUCAAAGCACUUUCGGGAAUCUCCCCCCCCCCUCCCCACCGGGGACACCCUUGGGAAGAGACUUCUUCAAGAGAAACAACCGGAGAGCUGGCCCCUGGGGAGACCACACAGGGAGAGAGGAGACAUCCAGGGUGAGACAUCCAGGGUGAGACCUCGGGAGCGAGAGACGCAGGAGAGACACCCAGUAAGAGACACGCACAGAGGGAGAGAGAGAGAGGACACACUCUUGGGGAGAGCCCUGGACAGACUCCCCCGCACGUGGAGGAAGUUUGUGUCGACUCAACGCGAGGUGCUGGUGGUGGAGGGGAGACCGCUGCGCAUCCAGCCCGCACACAGGCGCUUGAAUGUGCCGCUCGCUUGCCGCUGGGAUUUACUCAAGGAGGUGAGGGAGGGAGGUUGCUGUGUUGGCAGCUGAUGCGGGUGGCCAUGAGGACGAGCUUGCGGAUGAUGCUGAUGGAGGCGAGAGACGGCGUGCCGGGAGGACUCGGGGAGGCUCUGUGCUCGCUGCUGGCCGCGGGAGUUUACGCGAACACGCUGGGCGCUGACUUCUGCUACGAUGACAGCCGAGCCAUUACGUCCAACCAGGACCUGCGCCCUGACGUGCCGUGGACGCGGGUGUUCUACGACGACUUCUGGGGGACGCCGCUGUCGCACAGCGGCAGCCACAAGUCGUUCCGGCCGCUCUGCACGCUCUCGUUCCGCCUCAACUUUGCGCUGGGCGGCCUGGAGCCCUGGGGCUACCACCUGGCGAAUGUGCUGCUGCAUGCAGCCUGCACGGCUGUCUACACGCGCCUGACCUGCACGCUGCUGCCACCCUUGCCCUGGGGCAUCCUUGCAGGCCUGCUGUUCGCGGUGCACCCGGUGCACACGGAGGCCGUGGCCGGGGUGGUGGGCCGCGCCGACGUUGGCGCCGGCCUCUUCUUCCUGCUCUCGCUUCUGGCCUACGCGCGCUACUGCCGCGCCCGGGACGCGCAGCCCGACGGCGAACACCACCAUCACCACAACGACCACCACAACCACCACCAGCACCACCAGCACCAGCAGCAGCACCACAACAACCAGCGCCACCACCGAACCAACGGAGUUCCACUGCCCCCCACGGGCUGCCGUGACCGUUCCCCCGUCACCGAAGCCGGAACUCAGGACGGCGCGGUCCCUUGCCGGGAGCGGCACACCAACGGGAACGCCCACGGGAGCCACGGGAACCACGCCGGCGGCGGGCUCGUUGGCGGCGGCGGCGGUGGCGGCGGCGGCGGCGGCAGCCUGCGCAGGAGGAGGAGGUGGUGGCGCUGGGCAUGGCUGGGCUGCAGUGUGCUGUGCGCCGUGAGCAGCAUGCUGUGGAAGGAGCAGGGCGUGACGGUCCUGGCGGUGUGCGCCGUGUACGACGUGCUUGUGCACUCGCGCCUCGCCCUCGGCGAGCUGCUGCCACUCCUCUACAAGCGGGGCUACGGUGCCCAGCGAGAGGGGCUGCUCGCACUGACGCUGGGCUCCGUGCUGCUCCUCGGCCUGCGCCUGCGCUGGAUGUGCGGCGGUCCCCCGAGCUUCUCGGGCUCCGACAACCCAGCGGCUGACUCACCGGACACGCUCACGCGGGCCCUCACCUUCCACUACCUCCCGGCUGCCAACGUGGCACUGCUGCUGUGCCCGGCCACGCUCAGCUUCGACUGGUCCAUGGACGCCGUGCCGCUGGUGCGCUCCCUGCGCGAUCCCCGCAACGUUGCCACCGGCCUCCUCUACCUGGGUCUGGCCGCCUUUCUGUGGUGCAUCCUCCGUGGCCUCAGGCACAGAAAACGCGCGCACAGAGACGGACAGCCCCUAUUGCACAAGAGCAAAACGAACGGCGCUAGCUGCUCGGAGCAUGGGGGCGGCAGCGCCAAUGGCGGUGCACCGCCACCUCCGUCGCCGCCGCCGCCGCCGCCGCCGCCGCCAUCGCCGCCUCCGCUCACGACCGCCGCCGUGAAAAACGGCGGCAGGAAGUCCAACGGCGCCGCAGGGCCCGAGGGCCGGCGGGCACCGCGCCCCCGCUCGGAGCGGACGCUCAACGCGGCCAUCGCGUCGCUGGCGAUGCUGGUGCUGCCCUUCGUGCCGGCCACCAACCUCUUCUUCUACGUGGGCUUCGUGAUGGCCGAGCGGGUGCUCUACAUCCCCAGCAUGGGCUACUGCCUGCUGGUGGCGGCCGGCGCCCGGGCACUGGCGAACGCCGGCGGCGCCGCCUCCUCCUCCUCCUCCUCCUCCUCCGCCGCCGGCGCCGGCGGCGCUCCCUCCCCCGGUUGUGGCCGGCGACGGCGCAGGCUGCGGCGCGUGCUGCUCGGCGCCGUGACCGGCGGGCUGCUGGCGGUGCACGCGGCGCGCACCGUGCACCGCAACCGCGACUGGGCGAGCGAGGAGGCGCUCUACCGCGCCGGCAUCGCCACCAACCCUGCCAAAGCCUGGGGGAACCUGGGCAACGUGCUCAAGAGCCAGGGCAAGGUGGCCGAGGCAGAGCACGCCUACCGCAACGCCCUGCACCACCGCGGCAACAUGGCCGACAUGCUCUACAACCUAGGCCUGCUGCUCCAGGAGGAGAAUAGACUUAAUGAAGCAUUGUACUACUACAAGCUGGCCAUCGGUGCCCGGCCAACAUUGGCCUCGGCGUACCUCAACACGGGCAUCGUGCUGGUGAGCCAAGGCAAGGCGAGCGAGGCUCAGAUCGUGUUCCGCGCCUGCGCCGACAUCCCCGACGAGCGCCUCAAGGACCCGCAGGCCCACAUGACGUCGGUGGCGAGCUGCCUCUACAACCUGGGCAAGGUGCUGCACGAGCAGGACCUUCACCAGGAAGCAAUUGAGGUUUUCAACGAAGCACUGAAAAAGAUGCCUCGACAAUUUGGACCGCAGAGCCUGUACAACAUGAUGGGUGAAGCUCACACUCGCCUAGGGCGGCUGGCGGAAGCUGAGCGCUGGUACCAGGAGUCUCUGCUGUCCAAGCCGGAUCACGUGCCUGCUCACCUCACCUAUGCCAAGCUGCUCUCGGCCACGAAUCGAAAAGUGGAGGCGGAGAGGCUCUUCCUGAAAGCCAUAGACCUCGACCCAGCCAAGGCAAACACCUACAUGCACUACGCUCAAUUUCUGGUGGAACAGUCCCGGUUCCUGGAGGCGGCGGGUGUGGCCGAGAAGGCGUCGCAGCAGGACAGCACCGACUUUGAGACCGUCUUCAGCACAGCACACAUGUGCAGGCAAGCAGGACUGAACCACGCCGCAGAGAAGUAUUACCGGCAAGCAGCCCAGCUUCGGCCGAAUCACUCGACAGCGCUCAUGAACCUGGGAGCCAUCCUGCACCUGAACGGGCUGCUGGAGGAGGCCGAGAACCAUUACCUCCGCGCGCUGCGCCUCAAGCCUGACGACAGCAUCACGCACUCGAACCUCCAGAAGCUCCGCAAGAUCAUGGAGAAGCAGGGCCGGCCCGGAGUGGUGCACGGAGGACACAAGUAGCAGGCGCGAGCGGACAGCUUGUUGUUGCUCUCUGCUGCUAAACAACCGUGCUGUCAAAUGCAACUGCAAACUGAACAGUGACUUGAUUCAAAGUAGUUUGAGGCAUUUUGAUCUGAAUGCAACCUGCAAAUGAAAAUGCGUGCACAGCGAGUGAAGCAUACAAAAUACGCAAAGGGAAUAGUGAAAAUUAUAAACUGAGAGCAGGCAAAUCUGGAUAAUUUAUCAUUUCAAACCCGUGUGUAAAAAAAUAUAUCAUUUCGGCUGAAACAGGGAGAAGUCAUGAUUUAAAGCUUUCGUGACUGCAGUAAUUCAUAUUCUUAGUUUUUUCGGUAAAGUCACGUUGAAGAGAAACAACAAAAUAACGUGACUUUAC